AUGCAGCAUACGCACACAUGGGGGCAUUUAUCACGAUUAUCAACAAGCCGCGCUAGAUCUUUAGAAGACAGACAACAUUUAUCAACAAGGCAUGCUAGAUCUGUAGAACAUAGAGAACGUUUAUCACCAAGUCGGGCUAGAUCUAUAGAAGAUAAAGAACGUUUAUCAACAAGACGUGAAAGAUCUGUAGAACAUAGAGAACGUUUAUCACCUAGUCGGGCUAGAUCUAUAGAAGAUAAAGAACGUUUAUCAACAAGACGUGAAAGAUCUGUAGAACAUAGAGAACGUUUAUCACCUAGUCGUGCUAGAUCUAUAGAAGAUAAAGAACGUUUAUCAACAAGACGUGAAAGAUCUGUAGAACAUAGAGAACGUUUAUCAACAAGUCGUGCUAGAUCUAUAGAAGAUAAAGAACGUUUAUCAACAAGACGUGUCAGAUCUGUAGAAGAUAGAGAUCGUUUAUCAACAAGGCAUGCUAGAUCUGAAGCAGAUAGGGAACGUUUAUCAACAAGCCGUGCUAGAUCUGUAGAAGACGGACAACGUUUAUCAACAAGACAAGCUAUAUCUGUUGAAGAUAGAGUUCUUUUAUCGACAAGUAUGUCAACAAGGCAUGCUAGAUCUGUAGAAGAUAGAGAACGUUUAUCAAGACGUGAUAGAUCUGUAGAAGAUAAGGAACGAUUAUCAACAAGACGUGCUAGAUCUGUAGAAGAUAGAGAACGUUUAUCAUCAAGACGUGAUAGAUCUGUAUUAAAUAGAGAACGUUUACCAUUAAGACAUGCUAGAUCUGCAGAGGAUAUGGAACGUUUAUCAUCAAGACGUGCCAGAUCUGUAGAAGAUAGGCAAUGUUUAUUAGCAAGAUCUGGAGAAGCUAUGGAGCGUUCAUCAACAAGACGUGAUAGGGAACGAUUAUUCUCAAGA